AUGCAUUUCACAGGCUAUGUGCCAUUUGGAACGCCAAUCGUUGUUGGUCUUCUCCUUCCAAACCAGACUUUGGCCUCUACAGUGUUCUGGCAGUGGCUUAACCAGAGUCACAACGCUUGUGUGAACUACGCCAACCGCAAUGCCACAAAGCCAACACCAACUUCAAAGUUUAUUCAGGGAUAUGUGGGUGCCGUCACCAGUGCUGUUUCUAUUGCAGUGGGACUGAAUGUACUUAUUGAGAAAUCCAGCAAAUUUAACCCUGCCACCAGACUGUUCAUACAGAGGUUUAUCCCCUUCCCUGCUGUAGCCAGUGCAAACAUCUGUAACGUGGCUCUAAUGAGACACAAUGAGCUGUCUGAGGGAAUAGAUGUGCUAGACAGCAAUGGGAAUGUAGUGGGAUCCUCACGGAUAGCUGCCAAACAUGCACUGAUAGAAACAGCACUAACGCGAGUAGCGCUACCACUGCCAAUCUUUGUCCUUCCACCAAUAAUAAUGGCCUUCUUGGAAAAGCUUCCUCUGAUGCAGGCCCGUCGCAGAAUGAUGCUGCCUGUGCACAGUUUAGUAUGUCUGGCUGUCUUUGGUCUGUCCUUGCCGCUGGCUAUCAGUCUCUUCCCACAGAUGUCAGAGAUCGAGGCAUCUCACCUUGAGCCGGAAAUUGCCAUGGCAACGGAUUGCAAGGUGCUGACUUACAACAAGGGACUGUGAUGAAAGAGAAAGAAGUUUCUCAGCUGUCUAAGAUUGACGUGUAGCAUAAGAGGUGCAAACAGUAUUGAGGAGAAAAAUGCAUUCCAAGCAAUAGUAACCAGCUAACCUUUUCCUUAACUGCUGAGCCAUUUAUCAGUUUUACAGAACUGUUUAUAAAGUAAUAAUUACUGUAUUUACCAUUUUACUGACAACUAUGACAGGGAGGAAACAAGGCCUUAUAUUAAAUGAUUUUAUAUAUUAAUAAAUAUUAUAUUCAUGUUGAUCAAACUAAUUAUGGGAUAAUGAGAGUAGUUAGGUACUGCUUUAAAUUUUUAAUUAUUCUAUUA